AUUUGAACACAUGAUUUUUUAUUUUUGCAAUAGAAUAUUUCUUAUUCUAUUUUUGAUUAAUAUUUUUAUUAAAUUUAACAUUAUAAGAUAAUAAUAUAAAAAUAUAAUUGUAAGUCACAUAUCUUAUGAUGUUAAAAUUUUUACUUUCAAUUAUAACAAUAUUGUAAUUUUUUUCUAUCAGUAAUAUUGUAAUUUUAUUCUAUUAAUAAUAUUAAAAUACUAGAGGGAUUUUGCGUCAUGAGUUAAGAAAAUACAUCAUAUAUUGGCUUUGUAUAUUAUUUGUGCUUAAACUUAUAAGAUGAUAAAUUUUCUUUUAUAUCUUAUUUCUAAUAAUAGAUCUGUUCUAUAUCUCGUAACUCAAAAAAAUAAUAAAAGAAUUUACCUUUGUACAAAAUUUUAUUGAAUAUAUAUAUCGUAUAUAUAUAUAUAUAUAUACGAUAUAUAUAUAUAUAUACGAAUUAAUUACUUGAUUUAUCGACGGAGCAUUAAUGUAUUUGCUUAUUUAAAUAGUGACUAUAGAAUUCAAAGAAUUUUUGAUAGAUAGAUACAUAAAAUAAAUGUUAUAAAGUCAUUGACAAUCUACUUAUUAUUUUGUUUAAGAUAUUGAAAUGUACAAUCCAAUAAAAUUCUUUCAACUAUAAUGACGUUUCAAUGAGUAACGAAUUGAACUAUUGGGGGCGUUCGCUGACCAUUACUGCAUACUACUUGACGACUCUCGUGUAUAUUCAGCAUUGUAAGAAGAAAACAUUGUUUUGGAUUUGUGUGCAGUAAAACUCGUCACUAUACAGUAAUGACGUCCCGCCUGGAAAAAGAACGUUCCAAGCAAAUACAAGAGAAAUGUCAAAAUCUUUUGAUACAGAUGCUACGUGACGAAGAUAACAAGUAUUGUGUCGAUUGCGAUGCAAAAGGACCAAGAUGGGCUAGUUGGAAUCUAGGUAUAUUCUUAUGUAUUCGUUGUGCUGGAAUACAUAGAAAUCUUGGAGUUCAUAUAAGCAAAGUUAAAUCUGUUAACUUAGAUACUUGGACACCAGAACAAGUAGUGAGUUUACAACAAAUGGGUAAUUCCCGUGCAAGGGCAGUAUAUGAAGCAAAUCUUCCAGAUAGUUUUCGAAGACCUCAAACAGUUUGCAGUCUUGAAAGUUUUAUUCGUGCAAAGUAUGAACAUAAAAAAUAUAUAGCUAGAGAAUGGGUACCACCUCCUUUACCAAAGGUUAAUUGGGAUAAAGAACUUGAUGAAGAAGCAGAAAGACAACGUAGAAGGAAAAAGGAAAAUUCUAAAACAUCUAAUAAUCAAGCUAUACUUCCACCUGUAAAAAAGUCAGAAGUAGUGCCUCAGUUGCCAAAACCUAAAAGCUCUGUUAGUCCUAAACUUAAUAGAGCAAAUAAUUCUGCAACCUUAGAUUUACUAGGCUUAGAUGCCCCGGCAACAAAUCAAACAAAUAUAAAUGGUGCUGGAGAUGAUAUAUUUUCUUCCUUUUUAUCUGCACCUCCAGUUUCAGUAGCUUCAACAACUAAUAAUAUUUCUAGUACAACCACAAGUGUAUCAACAACAAUAAGUAAAACUGAAGAAGAAAGUUUCUUUGAUCAACCAGCACCAUCACUUCAAGAAAAAAAUAAAAUGUCCAAAGAUAGUAUUUUAGCCUUGUAUGGUACAUCAAGUAAUCAACAAUCAACAAUGUUUGGAGUUCCUGGUGGAAUGUAUGCUCAACAAUCUACUGUUCAAUAUAAACAAGUACCAACUGUAGUACCAUUUGGUCAACAAACUAGUUUUCCAAAUCAACAAAGUUCCUUAACUCAACUUAAUCAACUUUCCAAUCAAAUAUCUGUUACAUCCAAUCAAUUACCUAUCAGUCAAAAUCAAAUUACAAUGAAUUCUACUCCAUUAGGACCAGUGGCAUCAAAUUCUUUAGGAAACUGUUUACAUGUAGGCCAGAUAAAUCAGAUGAAUGGUGUACCCAAUCCUGCCAUUACAAUGCAAUCUCAAAUGGUAAUGCAAUUAGGACAAUCUAAUAUUAAUAGUAAUAAUGGUUGGAGUGGAAUGUUAACACAAAAUCUUCAACCAGCUCCUGGUAGUAAUCCUUUUUUUAAUUUAACAUCACAACAGCAGCAACAAUCUAUUGCAUUUGGUUCUCAGUUACCACAACAAAUGGCACAACUUUCUUUAGGUGCCACGAGUUUUUCAAGUACAUCAGGAAAAUCCACUACUACUCCACUUCCCGGACAAACGCUUUCCACCAAUUUGUGGCAGUAAAAGUUUUAUGAAUAUUAUUAGUUGAUUGAUUAUUUCAUUCAGUGUUGUACACUAGUGUCAAACGUUCGUUAUCCAAUAUGAUUAUAUUUCCAUAUUAGUUUGGAAAUUGCUCUGGGAUAUAACACAACAAAGACACAAAUAAGAAGUACUCAAAUACUAUCAUUUUCGAAAAAUAAUUCGUGAAUGCAUACAGUAUUUUGAGUCUAAGAGAUUUCUCUUUUAAAGCUUUGCUAGCUUUCAACAUUAUUGUUGGAAAAAUGGGAACUACAAAUAAAAAUGAAUUUUUGACUGAUUGUAAAGAGUUAUUCGUGACGUACAGUAUAUACAUUAUAUAUUCGAUGAUGUAAUUGUAUUAUUUGCUAAAAUGGGUGCUUUUGUAAUCAUGACAAGUGUAUAUCAGGGUCCACUUUCAUUAUAGCAAAGGAUUUCAUUAUAUUUAAACAAGUACAAGCAUCUUUAGUAUAAUAAUUAGUAGUUCAUUUUUACUUCAAAAUAUACAAAAAAUAAAAUAUAUAACAGUUUUCACGAACGUGAAAUUCUUUAACAAAUUAUAUAUAAAAAAAAGUACUUUAUUUAAAAAGAGAUUUGAAUUAUUUAAGAACAAAUUUUUUUUCUAGAAUAAUGUUGCAAGAUUUGUAUGCAAAAAUGUAUUAAAUAUUUUAAAUAUUUGAUUGCUAUUUUAUUUUUGAUUGUAUUAUUAGUACUGAAAUUGAAAAAACGAUAUUUUGUGUUUAAAAAAUUAACUGUUGUUGUUUGUACUUGAGUAGUAUGUUGUUUAGAGUGAUAAAUCGCAAUAUUGAUUAUAUAUUAAAGAACAAUAAGAGUUUAAUAUUCUUUCAAGAAUAAGUUUAAUUCAAAUCUAAUUAGCACUUUUUAUUAAAAUGCAUUUAAUAUUUUUAUUAUUAUUUAAUAGAGACUUAAUGAACUAAACAUAUUAUUUACAUCUUAAUUAAGCAUGAUAUACUAUAAAAACUUGUGACUUGAAAUUUAUGCAUUUAAAAUUGAAUUUUAAUUUUGAUUGAUUGAUUGAUUAUUAUUAAUUAAAAGUUUAUAUAAAAUAGAAUUACAUAUCAGAUAUUGAAAUUCGACAAUAACUUCUGGAUAUAUUCAUUACGAUUAUAUUUUAUUUUAUUAUUUUAUUUUCUUUACAUUAUCAUUUAAAUUGUAGUAAUCAAGUUAGAUUUUCUAACUUGUUGCUGCAUUGAAAUAUUUUAAGAUAUUAUAAAUCUGAUAAGUAUAAAUACAUGUUGUCAAAAUAUAUAAAAAUUUAUAAUAUAUAAUUUAUAACUGUAUAACUAAUUUAUAAUAUAUAAUUUAUUAAAAACCAAAAUAACAAUUGAGCAAUCAAUCAAUUUUAAAAAGUUUUUAAGUUUCUGAUAAUAAUAAUAAAAGUUUUCAUGAUAACUAUAUAAAAUAAUUUAAGAAAUAAUUAUAAUAUAACAUAUUCAUUACUUUUAAUAAGUAUAUAAAAAUAUAUUAAAAACGUUUAAAUUCAAAACGCCAUCUAUUAAUAGAUAAAUUAUAAUGAUAAUAACAACAUUUGUUUAAGAUAAUUAAAUAAUUUUUAUUUUUACAAAGUAUAUCUUACUAAUUAUAAACAUAUUUUUAUCUAUUUUUUUAUUUUAUUAACACAUUUAACAUUUAUUAACAUAUUAUUUAUAUAAACACAAUGAUAAUUUUGCUGGAUAAACAAACCGGAAGUUGCCAUUUUUAUUACUGGAUUGUGAAGAUUCUUUCAUUUCCGUAAAACAUCUUUCUGUCGUUUUAAAGCCACGUGAGACAACAUGGAUAAACCAGUAGUUUUGGCUCGUGUUAUAAAAGUCUUAGGACGAACAGGUUCACAAGGACAAUGUACGCAAGUAAAAGUCGAAUUUUUGGGUGAACAAAAUCGACAAAUUAUUAGAAAUGUAAAAGGACCAGUACGAGAAGGUGAUCUCUUAACCUUACUGGAAUCUGAACGUGAAGCAAGAAGACUUCGAUAAAUGGAAAAAUUUAUCUCCGACACGUAAAAAUCUUCUAUAGUGUCUGGAUUUUAAUAAUAUAAUAAUACAAUUCAUUCCACCGACAAAAAUGAGGAUCAUCCAUUAUUCCAAUAGCACAGAUAAACUCAGUAUGGCCAAAUUUUUAAUCAUUUAAUUUUUACAUAUAUGUGUCAAUGAAGAUGUUACAAUCUUUGUAAUAAAUAUUGAUUAAUGAGUAAUUAAUACAAAUUUUUGCUUUAUUUAUCUAUUUUCAUAACAUAUGAUUUUUAUUGUAAUCACUAGAUUACUUAAUAAAUUAUACUGAUUAUCUUAA